UGGUUCAUAUGUGGCUAUGUAGAGUGGGGGUUGGAUGAGGUGAAUAUAUAGAUAUGUUUUAUUAAAUUUUUAUUUAUAAUUAUUAAAAUUUAAUUAUCAUCUGAUUUGUGAAACAAAAAAUAAUUCUCUUAUUUUUUUUAAAAAAAAUUAUUCUUUAAAAGUAGGUUUUUAGGUAAUUUUUUCAUGAAAAAUGUUAAAAAAGAGAUGGGCCCUAUGGACAUGGACUGAAUAUCCAAUCCAAAAGGCUCAAAAAGCCCGAUCACAAUUCAGAAUUCCCAGGGCUUCUGAAAUCUCAACGCCGCUUCAUUUUCCAUUGUACAAGCACACCGGACACAGCAAUUAUUGCUUGCAGAAGUUGGCAUGCAGUGAGAGUGAUCAAUUAAAAUGUUUGGAGGUAGAGCGAUCCACCGUUUGCUGAGAGAUAGGCUUCAUUCACAGACCAAUGCCUCUCCGGUUUUGUCUUUUCUUGUUUCCAAGAAAGAGCAGGAAAGCAUUGGGAUAGGCAUGAAGUCCUUGAGGGCACUGGCACUCUUUGGAGCAGGUGUAUCAGGCCUUUUAAGUUUUGCAACAAUAGCAUCCUCUGAUGAGGCCGAACAUGGUUUGGAAGCCCCAAGCUAUCCUUGGCCUCACGAAGGCAUUCUCAGUUCAUAUGACCAUGCUUCGAUUCGUCGUGGUCACCAGGUUUAUCAAGAAGUCUGUGCAUCCUGCCAUUCGAUGUCCCUGAUUUCAUAUCGGGACUUGGUAGGCGUGGCAUAUACAGAGGAGGAAACAAAGGCUAUGGCAGCUGAGAUCGAGGUAGUUGAUGGGCCUAAUGAUGAAGGGGAGAUGUUUACCCGUCCUGGCAAAUUGAGUGAUCGUUUUCCCCAGCCAUAUGCAAAUGAACAGGCAGCUAGGUUUGCGAAUGGAGGGGCCUACCCUCCUGAUUUGAGUCUUAUAACCAAAGCUCGUCAUAAUGGUCAAAAUUAUGUUUUUGCCCUUCUGACUGGUUAUCGUGAUCCUCCUGCUGGAGUUUCGAUUAGAGAAGGAUUGCAUUACAAUGCCUACUUUCCUGGGGGAGCUAUUGCUAUGCCUAAAAUGCUUAAUGAUGGAGCAGUUGAGUACGAAGAUGGUACUCCUGCAACAGAAGCUCAGAUGGGGAAAGAUGUCGUGACGUUUUUAUCAUGGGCUGCAGAGCCAGAAAUGGAAGAACGAAAACUGAUGGGUUUCAAGUGGAUAUUUGUACUAUCAUUGGCACUUCUUCAAGCUGGUUAUUACCGGCGCUUGAGGUGGUCUGUUUUCAAGUCCCGGAAGCUGGUUGUUGAUGUCGUCAACUAGAUUCUCCACAGCUUCCUUGUAAGUUUAUCCACCGGGACGACUUGCAAUCAGCAAAUAAUCAUAUUCUUGUUACUUUCUAUUUUUCUCUUCCAUGUUAGACUGGUUUGAGCAUUUGUUGGUAAUGCACAACAUUUUUGUUCCUAGUGAGGAAGAAAUAAAUAAGAAUUUCAUACUCAUAAAUGACUGUUUUUGGUGUUAAUUUGAGGUGAUGAGAAUUCUCUGUAAGAGUGAAGUUGUAUUGUAUCCUUUUGUACAAUGCAACUGCUCUAUUCUUUAAAAUAAAGUUUCUGCAUUGAACAAA